AUGGUCAGGUUUUUUUAUAAGAGGAUAGGUUGUAUUCGAUCAGGUUUUACGCCAGGUGUAUUACAAGUCUAUCCACCGUACAGGUAGAACUACACAACAAACUCUACAUUUAAAUAUAUAUAUUGUAGAGAAUGUUGUCGACGCUUGUUUACAUUUAAAACACCCAUAUUUAGGUAACAGAUCGGUGAGAGUAUAAUACGUGUUCUUGUAUAUAUAUAUAUAUAUACAAUACAUGAUCCAACCGUCAGGCGCGAGCUGUUGAUUUUUCCGGAGUGACCACCGGAGGCGGAGAUUUUUCGUGGAACAGUACGUGGUUUUGACCACGUUUUUGUAGAACUUCAGGACAUCAGAAAGUGACGUGUUUGACCAGUGAAAUAACAUUACAGAUUGGACAAACAGUAACGAAUCCUACGUUUUCAGCAGUGGAACAGGUGAAUGAUUGGUAUCCGUCUAAGUUGACCGACUGAAAACCACCAGCACACCUUAAGGUCUACAUUUAAAUGGUAUGCGAGAGGCCUAACCAGCUUAGACCGAGCGGAGCAGUGUAGGCGUGAUGAAUACGGGUAUUUAAAGCCACGACAUGGACCGAACUAAUACGUAUUAUGCAUGCUGGUCUAUAUCAAGAUAUUUUUAACCUGCACUGUGCCAUAACUACCGAUGAAACCCUCAUCGGUCCUUCAUUCCCUAUAUCGACUGUGUCUGACUUCAAGUUUUAACCGAUAUACGGUUUCAUAAUGAACGGCGCGAUGGAGCCAAACACGUUAUUUAUUGGAAAUGUUUAAUUUCUGAGCCCUUUAAUAGGAGGUGUGUGUGUAUUGGCGGAGAAAUUUCGUGCCUGAGCGGGUAUCUUGUGUACAUCUAAGAGACUCUCCACAACGUACGGGCCUCCAUUCUGUGGAUCGAACUUCAAGGUACUGGUUAUCAAUCGUCAGGAGUACUGUAUACACUGGUCAAGUCUCCUACCGCUCGGAGAAGUGGAGAUACAGGGUGCGUGUGUGAACUUUAAUAACAAUCGAUCUCAGCGCUCAAUUAUAAUCGCUAAAAUAUUUACAUAUCCAGCUGGAGUGUAGAUGUGCCAUUGUCAUACACAUAUUAACACUGACUGGACGUGGACACGGCGUCUAUAACCACGUCAUCUAGCCCCACAGGUAUCGGGAGGUGAAGCCGCACAGGAGGAGGUGAAGCCUUACAGGUAUUAGAGAGGUAAAGCUCUAUAUACGUGUAAGCCCUCGUGUACCGACAGGUGAAUGCAAUUUUUACUCAUUAUUCCUGAACACACUGACAUGAAUUCCUUGUGCUGGACCUGAUCCAAAAACACAACGACGUAAUAAAGACAUAAUUGAAAAUGCAAUUGAGCAUUUGUAAGGUGAAGAGGAUGUUCAAACAUUAGAACGUGGUUAGCUGUUUGGCAGCGAAUGUAAGUAGGAUGAUAAGUUCAACAAAUACAUUUGACAGGAAUAGAAUAAAUGGAAAGUGGUAUGGGUAAUUUGAAUAACGUGUAUAUCAUUAACCGACUCUUCAGAUGUUUGCCGAUCAACAGAGAAUAUCGACAAGUGGAUAUUCUAGCGCGAACUAUUCCGCGGAUAAAUAUGGGACGGAAGCAGCCAACGAUUUACGGAGACAUUUAAUAGGCGAAGAGAGCAAUGCUCGUACGGAGUUAAACCGCACCUCGUCACCGAAUAAUCGGCCAGCAAAGAAUCACCCCUCACCACCUCUACACGACACAAUGGUAUCCGGGGGAGGGUUCGAGAGGAAAGUGUCGGGAGGUGUGGGCGAGAGGAUGGUGUACGACCUCGUCUCGCGAAAGGAUACCGCAAGGAGGAAUCUGAUGGGCCAUCUGUACACCAGACAACCAGUGUUAAAACGUAGCUAUUCCUUUGUGGCUGGUGAACGUCCGGCUACGGAAACACUACUUCCUUCGCUACAGAGAAGAGAAAAACACUCCGCCAUUAGUUUUAAUUCCGAAAGAUAUACCAAGCCUGGACGGAAUGUAAACGUACGAGACCUUAAACAAUGGCAGUCUGAUAAAAAUGCAGGAAAAAGAAACGGAUGUGUACAGCCGGGUAAAAACGGCACCCCAAACCAGAAAGCCCUAAACGGCGGGCGUCCCGGAAGUCACCAGAUAAGUCUUCCAGAACUUAUAAACGACAUCAACAUGUCGUCCAGGCUCCAUUCUCCCGGAGACUCGGACGGAGAAGAUUCCGCUAGUGCACAUGGACACAAGGGACCUCUCGAUUUAAUACGCAGCAUGGAUAUGAAACCGGCAAGUCCGGUAAAGUCAAAAGCGGUAAGAUAUAGACCGAUUACCCCAGGGGUUAUAGAAAAAUUAAAUAAAUUGAGACUAUCGUCCAAAGUACGAACAGAGCAGUGGGUGAAAACACUUCCUUUGGACUACCGAGCUGCAUAUUCAGAGACAGACGACAAUCUAACGGAACCUUCAGAACAUUCACCGAAAGAAAAGGAAUGGAUUUAUACAGCAACGUGAAGAGUGUGUUCUGGUCGAGUGUGAUCUACAACUGUAUAAAGAUAGCAUCUGAUGUGAACUGCUGUACGAUAUAUCGUUUAGUGUGAACCACAGCUGUACGAGAUAUCGUCUUGUGUGAAAUCAACAGUACGAGAUAUUGUCUUGUGUGAACAUCAAAUGUACGAUAUAUUGUUAAGUGUGAACCACAGCUGUACGAAAUAUCGUCAAGGGUGAACCACAGCUGUUCGAGAUAUCGUUUCAUGUGAACCACAACUGUACGAGAUAUCGUAUCGUUUCACGUCUAGUGUGAACCACAGCUGUACGAGAUAUCGUCUAGUGUGAACCACAAAUGUACGAUACAUCGUUUAGUGUGAACCACAACUGUACGAUACAUCGUUUAGUGUGAACCAUAGUUGUUCGAGAUAUCGUUAAGUUCGAGAUAUCGUUAAGUGUGAACCACAACUGUACGAGAAAUCGUCUUUUGUUGACAUCAACUGUACGAUAUAUCGUUUAGUGUGAACCAUAUCGUUAAGUGUGAACCACAACUGUACGAGAUAUCGUCUUGUGUGAACCACAACUGUACAAGAUAUCGUUUAGUGUGAACCACAACUGUACGAGAUAUCGUUAAGUGUGAACCACAGCUGCACGAGAUAUCGUCUAGGGUGAACCACAACUGUACGAUACAUCGUUUAGUGUGAACAACAGCAACCACAACUGUACGAGAUAUCGUUUAGUGUGAACAACAACUGUACGAGAUAUCGUCUUGGGUGAGCAGCAGCUGUACGAGAUAUCGUCUUGUGUGAACCACAACUGUACGAGAUAUCGUCUAGGGUGAACCACAGCUGUACGAUAUAUCGUUUAGUCUGAACCACAACUGUACGAUACAUCGUUUAGUGUGAACCACAACUGUACGAGAUAUCGUUAAGUGUGAACCACAACUGUACGAGAUAUCGUCUAGGAUGAACCACAGCUGUACGAGAUAUCGUCUUGUGUGAACCACAACUGUACGAUAUAUCGUUUAGUCUGAACUUCAACUGUACGAUACAUCGUUUAGUGUGAACCACAACUGUACAAUACAUCGUUUAGUGUGAACCACAACUGUACGAGAUAUCGUUAAGUGUGAACCACAACUGUACGAGAUAACGGCUAGUGUGAACCACAACUUUACGAGAUAUCGUCUUGUGUGAACCACAACUGUACGAGAUAUCCUUAAGUGUGAACCACAGCUGUACGAUACAUCGUCUAGGGUGAACCACAGCUGUACGAUAUAUCGUCUUGGGUGAACCACAACUGUACGAGAUAUCGUCUAGGGUGAACCACAGCUGUACUAUAUAUCAUCUUGUGUGAACCACAACUGUAAGAUACAUCGUUUAGUGUGAAUCACAACUGUACGAGAUAUCGUCUAGGGUGAACCACAGCUGUACGAUAUAUCGUUUAGUGUGACCCACAACUGUACGAUACAUCGUUUAGUGUGAACCACAACUGUACGAGAUAUAGUUUAGUGUGAACCACAACUGUACGAGAUAUCGUUUAGUGUGAACCACAACUGUACGAGAUAUCGUCUAGGGGGAACCACACCUGAGGUAUAGUUAGGUCUGGUCUUGGCGUUGAUGUGAUUACGUGACUACGCAGUGAUGUAUUAAAAUAUGUCAUUACAACUGUGAUAAUGUGUCUUAAAUAAUUUCUGUUCCAGAAAAUAUAUGCACGUCAGCAAUUAUUUCAACAAGUAUUAAUGAGUUGAAUUUAGAUAGUACAUAUCAGCGAUAAUUAGGAACUAUUACAAUAUACUGUAAAUAGCUUAUUUUUUGCGAUACUUAUCUAUGCUAUUUUGGUAUAAACAAUCUAUUCGCAAUUAUCAUAUUUGUUUCAAAAAACCUUGCAAAGUUUUCAUGUAGAUGCCAAAGAUGAUUUUGUCCUUUUGUAAUAUAAUUUGUAGAUAACAUUACUCUCAGUUAAGGAAUGAAAUUGUUAAGAAAAAAAAAGAAAAAAAACCCGGUAAAAUCGUUUUGGUGUUCGGCACGUGUCGGCCAUUUUCAAUUAACAAUUCAUUGGAAAAAUUCAAAGCGUAGAAAAUUAUUCUUUUACCGUGAAAUCCCGUAAAAUCCUGUCUUGUUAUCUUUAUUCCAGAGAAAAUUGUGAAGGCAAGUCAAUUAUAAAGUAAUGAGAAAUAUUUGCAAGUCAUUCUCUUAUGAGAAUGAUGCUAAUCUGAUUGACCGAAAAUUUAACUUUUUUUGUACAUUAAUAAUAUAUAGAUAUUCGGGCGUUAUUCUCACUAUCAUGCUAAAAUAAGCCAAACCUUUCGCGUAAGGCCCUAUUUAGUGGUGCCUGAUCAUUGAGAAAUCGAUGGUUUUGUAUAUCUUAUAUCAAACAGUUCAGACAACAAUGGAUUAUCAGCCAGCUUACUGAGAACAGAGGCCAGAGUUCUUGUGCAAUCAUAUUUUUUGAAUUUUAAUCCUUAUUCACAUACAUUCGGAAAUGCGGUUUCAUAUAUUCCCCCCAAAUUUUUAUAUUCGUGAAAGCAAUGAUUGCAAUUCCCCCGAAGAAAGGCGAAUACAUGAAGCUCGCGAGAGAUAAACAAUUUACAACAUUUGACACUUCUUACAUAUAUGUAUAACUGUAGCUGU